AUGACGUCGGCUCGCGUGUGCCUCUGGACCGGUCUGUGGGCCGCCUGCGCCGUCGCCGUCUUCCUGCGGGCAGCCGGCGCAGUACCUCGGCAGCUCGACGAGGGCGACAGGUGCCGGGACGGCGGCGCCUCCGGGCGGUGCGUGGCGGUGGGUGCCUGCGCCUCGGCUAGGCGCGCCCUGAGGCAGCGGCGCCCCCCGCCCGCGCGCUGCGGCUUCGUGGGGGACCAGGAGGUGGUCUGCUGCACCGAGGCCGCCAACGUCGUGGUCGGUAGCGCCGGGGGCGGCCGCCGCGGGGACCGCUUCCACGGCAACGGCCUCGACUACGACGACCCGCGCCGCGACGGCGGCGGCGACGACGACGACGACGACGACGACCGUGACGAGCGCGACGGCAGCGCCGCGACGGCGGGCAGCCGCGACUUCCGCCGCCGGCAGCAGGGGGCCGCCUCGAAGCGGCGCAGCGACGCCGAGUGUGAGGUCUACAAGGCGAUCCAGAACGGUCCCACCAACCACAUCCUGGGCGGCCACGAUGCGCGAGACGAAGAAUUUCCGCACAUGGCGGCCCUCGGCUACCAGGUGCCGGGCAAGAAGGAGCUGAGCUGGCUGUGUGCCGGCUCCCUCAUCAGCGACCAGUACGUGCUGACGGCGGCGCACUGCUGCAACAACAGGGACAGACCGGCGCCAGUCAGGGUGCAGCUGGGCACGGCCAACCUGAGCUCCUCCAGGGCCGGCAGCACGCGCUACGGCAUCAGCGACAUCGUCAUCCACGCGGACUACAGCAGGUCCUCCUACAGGGCCGACAUCGCGCUGCUCAGGCUGGACAGGAGGGUCUCGUUCAGCAGGACCGUCUCUCCGGCCUGCCUCUACACCAGGGGCGGCGACCCGCCGACCGCUCUCAUCGUCACUGGCUGGGGGGCCACCAACCCCCUGGGUACAAAGCAGAGUCGAGUUCUGCUGCAGGGCACCGUCCGGUCGCUUCCCUUCUCACGCUGCCAGCAGUACAGGCAGAGGUUCCCAGAAGGCCUCGAUUCGUCUGUUGUCUGCGCUGGUGAUCCACAAGGAGUGGUUGCCAUCUGUGACGGUGAUUCUGGGGGUCCCCUCCUUGCAAAGGAAGACACCUUUACCUACUCGAUCGUCGGAAUAACCAGCAUAGGACCCAGUCCAUGCGGCGGAAACAUCCCGAGCCUCUACACCCGUGUUUCCAGCUACAUUGACUGGAUAGAAAAAUACGUCUGGCCAUAGAAACACUGGUUCUUCUGUAUGGUUCUUUCUUGCAACUCAGGACAAAUCUUUCGACUUUUCCAGCGAUACACCGUUUGGGAAAACCAUCAGAAGUGUGAAUAGCAGUGCUCGAUUGUGAACUGUAACAAUAAGUAGUCUUUUUACUUGUGACUGUAAUAAUGUGCUUGUUGGAACGAGAUCAGUCAGUCACAAUCACAGUCACAUAGUUAUAGUAUGUGACGCCUGUGUGUCAAUGAGUUGUUCAAGGCGACAUCAGUUUUUCGUAACAGGUAGUUUAUUUUUAUUUAUUUUUUGAAAGUAGAUGUGUGUGAAUAUGAAUACCGAAAAAGUAUUUUGAAAAUUUUCAACUCGCAUAUAGUUAGUUCCAUUGGCCGAUAAAUAAAAAUGGAUGUACGUAAUUUGAGUGAAGCAGAUAAAACUUACUGAAGAUGUGUGUUGCAGAAUCUUUCGUAUUAAGAGACAAUAAAUAUCAGACUCUGGUUUCGUUGUUAUUUCACGUACUGUUAAUAAAAGAUCGCCUAGCUAGAGAAGUUUGAGUAAUUGUGGCAGAAGUUCUUAAUUCAGUAGUAGCCCGCUGUACUAGUGUGAAUGAGUGGCAUGAAUCUGUGACUAGUUGUCUUCGUAAUUCCACAGACAAUUUCCUGAUUUCAGGGAAGACUCUGACCAGCUCAGUUUUCGUUACCUUUAAACUUAAUUCUCACAAUUUGCAAGAAAUUUAUCUGAAUUUCAUCCAUAGUAGAUGCUGUUGAACUCCGUGACUGUUCCUUUAUAGGGUGUAGAAAAAUUUAACGUCCUUUUAUUAUAAUACUCAUAGAUUAAUGAUUAUGUCAGAAAGAGAUAAACAUAACUCUCACUGUUUUUUUGUAUAGACUGUAACGACACCAAAGGAACUGAAUUUUUAUCCUAUAAUUAUGUACAUAAUAGAGUGUUACUCUUUUGUAGAUAUUAGUGCUAUACGCUACCAGUAUUAUA